UAGCUAUUGAUUGGCCAGAGAAGCGCGCGCUGCGGAAGAGCCCUAAUAGCAGGAGAUACAACUAGUUUCAACAAGGAACUUUUUCCGGAAGUUCUUUGUUCUACACGGCGCCAUAUUAAUAUAGUAUAUUGCWUUUUUUCCUGUUUUGGUGCGUUAAUGCUUAUGUUUGCCUUUAUUGUUGUUAAAUCAACGUUGUUGUUGACUGAGUGAAGUCCAAUUCAGUUCAGGCAAAGCAAGCUAAAAAGUCUACAAGAAUGAAGGGAUUCGAAGAAAGACCACGUUUCAAAAACACCAUCCAUCUUUGGGAAUUCUUGAUGGAGCUACUCAAUAACGAACGGUACGCUUCCAUCAUUGAGUGGACGAGUAAAGACGAAGGAGAGUUCAAGCUUAAAAGACAGGAGGAAGUAGCGAGACAGUGGGGGCUGCUUAAACAAAGGAAAGGCAUGACAUAUGAUAAACUGAGUCGAUCUCUUCGAUAUUACUACAACAAAAAGAUCAUUACAAAGGUUUCAGGACAAAAGCUGGUUUACAAGUUUCUCMAUUUGCCUUUUGAGUAUCUUCCUCUUCGAAACAUGGACCAAACCACAAGACGAAAGCAACUUAAAGGACAAAUUGACAAACCACUUCCUCCCACGGAGAAAACAUGCCAUCAACAACAGCCGUUUGCACUUCACGAAAAUCCACGCGAAUUCACCUUUGRGCUGCCUCGACCAUCCGUUAUACGAAGCACUGCUGGAAACUCAAUUACUUACACCAGUAGACCCGCUGAAAAACUMCCAAGUCAUCCUAGUGUCAUGUCAAAAAGUCAAAUAAUUUUUCCAUUUUGUGGAAGAUGCAUCGAGACAAAGUUUCACUGAUAUAAAAUGCGAAAAUAUAUGAGAACAUUUGACUCUUGAAAUGGAGGUUAUUCUAGUUGCAAUCAAUGCACAUCUAUAGUGUUUGUAUCAAAAUGUAUUUUAAUAUGUAUAUUUUUCCAUUAUGUCUAUAUAACUAUGACAUCUGUAGAACCUAAUUUGGACACGUAGUCAGCAUAUUACAUUCAAAAGUUUUUAAAGACUC